AUGGUCGAAAAGAUCGAUUGUGGCCCUGUCUUGGUCGAGAAAGGCAUCGGCCCUACAUCAGGACAUCUAUCCCACCUCCUCCGCGGCACUCGAAUGCUUCUCCUCGACAUGCAGCACCACACCGACAUGAGAAAGGAAAGGGGUCAUAAAAUCGAAGAUUGCAUAGGACUGCGGCAUGAGGUAGUAAGAAUGUUGAAUCAAAGAUACCUGAAAGAACUGCUAAGCAAUCGAGGACGGGCCAACUUUGCCCGCGGACGCGAACAACCUCAGGGACCUCCAAAACUGCCCUCUCCCGCUCACACCAUACAGAUGAUCAUUGGUGGAGGCGAUGACACAACAAUAAACCAUGUAAAGAUCACCACCACUCAUAAGCUCAAACGGUCGAUUACUCAUGAACGGUAUAAUGACGUCGAAGAUAGUAUCGUCUUUGAUAAAUCAGAUACUGACAGUUUGUCUUUCCCUCACUAUGAUGCACUUGUUAUCACUUUAUGUAUUGCAGAUACUGAUGUAAAAAGAAUAAUGGUAGAUGACGGAAGUGGCGCAUUCGAGCGAACUUCUGGAGAGAUAGUGCUACCCAUCCUAGCCAUAGGGGUCACCCUGGAAAUGACAUUUCAUGUCAUGGACCAAGAUACAGCCUACAACGCUAUCAUUGGGCACCCGCGGUUACACACCAUGCGAGCAGUCCUGUCAAGUCUCUAUCAAGUAAUAAAGUUCCCUACUCCAUGGGGGGUAUUCAACAUCCGGGGUGAAUAA